GCAACGUCAGGCGCGGGACAUACUAGAAGUAAGCGUCCACGUUGAAAUUUCCCUGCAAAGAAUGGACUAAAGGGAGUAUUGCACAGUUAUGACUGAAGUCAAUUCUCACCCUCCAUCGUUGCGGCAUGAGCCGCAACUCACACCUGUUGCAGAAAAGUCACUACCUGCAAAAUGCAAGGCCACAACGUUGAAAUACUGUCCUACGAUGGACCUUAUCUCUCUCGUUACAGAGGAUGAUGAAUUACGAGUUUUUCGACUGAAUGGACAGAGAGUCUUUGGAGGUUCCUUCAAGGGAGAUCCCUACUUGGACGAAGACGAUGGCGGGGGUGAAAUCCGAAAGUUGAUGUGGAAAAACAAUGGUCGCCUACUUGCUGUCGCUUGCGCGGACAAUACUAUCCGUAUUAUUAGUGCUUACAGUGGUAAAACCGUCCAUCAUUACCCUGCUUAUGAAGCGCAGAGUGAUGGCGACCGACCUGUCCGGGUUACUUGUUUGGGCUGGGGUGUAAACUUCACCGAUAGCAAUGUUGCACAACAGCAAUUGAAAGAGGCUGCCGGCCAAAUAUCCGUCGAGGACCUGCUGUCGUCGGAUGUACAUCCAUCAAAAGCAGCGGCCUUACUCAAAGUCGACUUACCAAGGGAGCUAGCUCUACUAGAUAUCGAGAGCUCACUACCUAAACUAAGCACACUGCCCGCGACAGGAAGCGAUGACGACGUGUUUAGUUCUCGAGCAUCGAUUGAUGCUAUCUUCCAUUCUGCCAGCAAGAACACCAGUGACGCAGUAGACGUCUUGCUGGUAGGCUUCGAUGAUGGCACCGUCCACUUGCGAAUUUUUGAUUGCUUCGAAAUAGGCUCAUUUCAAGUGGGGAAUUCCGUUGGACCUUCCAGCUUAUGUAGGAUCCUUCAGCACGCUUCUCAUCCAUUGAGCUCCACCCAUGCAUUGCUGGCAUCCUGCCAUCCAGAUGAUAGUUCAGCCUCCUUGCACUUGCUCACUCUCGACCUUCGUUUUAUUACGCGAUCAGGCAGAUAUCUUUCACUACUUGCCCACAAGACUACCCAGCUCCAAAACCUACUAAGAUACAUCAACCAGGUACAAAGACAGGUUGAGCUCGAGUGGAAAAAUGCACAAGAACUACCGGCAAGGUACAUGCGCAGUAUAAACGAGGAUUUGCAGGAAAAGUGCCAUUGUGAUUUUGUUACGGCCGCCUACCACCUAGUGGUCACUGGAGACUGUUUUGAACCAAUGAAAGAAUUCCUGGUAGAUAUUGUCGGGGAAAGAGGACACAAAAGGUGGGAGAAAGCUGCGUCGAGCGGAUACGAAAAUGUUCGACGUUUGACACAUGAAUGUCUUCUCCCGGCUCUGGAACGAUGUGAAGUGCUACUUAGUCGCCUUAUCGGACUCUCCAAAUUCCAUAAAAUAUGUGGCGUCCUAGGCCUGGAGACGUCAGAUCUGAAUGCGAUUGUGGAGACUCUAGAUUGCCUUCAUCUCUUAUCUCACCAUAUUCUCAUCAAUGCAAAUGAAGAAUUAAGCCAGUUCAGUUCAUUUUCACAAUGGCUUCGCCACGAAAUCGAAAUGCAGAGUGCAGAACCUAUGUCCCAAACGCUGGAAGAGCUACAGGAAAAAACAGACAUGGUUGAAUAUCCGCAGACUCUGAAGUAUAUCAAAGGCGCGUUAACUAAGAGCAAACUACGAAACUUCAUCCAGCAAUUGCCUCUGAUAGGAUUCGCCAGGCCUGCCCCCAGUACUUCGGACAAAUGGGCACCCACCGAACACGAUGGGUCAUUUUAUGACACGUUUAAGAAAUUGCUGGAACAAAGCAACCAAACCUCCGACACUGAUACUCCAGCCGAACUGCCGAAGAUGAAUGAUCUAACGAAGCGUCUCGGACUACAGUUUGAAAAGGUCUUUGGGCAAAUCGCCUUGACGCAGCGUAGAGGAAUCCUCCAUCGGUCUCCACUUGCCCUUCACCCAGAUUGUGACAAAGAUGUCGUUGAUCUUGCCAUGCGCUACGAGGAUGUCGGAGAACAAAGAUUGUGUGUGAUAUAUGUGGCUACCAGAUCUAUCCGGUCGAAACAUAUACUGUAUAUAUACCGCACGGUUCUGGACUGCGAAAAUGGGGUCAGCUCCACACGAACGACAGGUAUAGGUGCUAUCAGUUUACAGGAGGGGGAAAUACGUCAGAUACAGUUUGCGGAGGAUGAUACUAUGAUGGUACUCUGGUCUAAUAACGAAGGAUCCUCUUACCUCCUCAACUUCCCCUUUCAGCCGGCACCUACUAGCGAGACCCCAGGGGGUGUUGAAAGUCCUUGUUUUGUCAGCUUUAAGGAGUAUGACAGUGACACGACAUCAUCUACGCCCGCUGCACCCACUGUGACACUUGAUUUCUUGGCCCCUGAAUCCGAAUCUACGCAGUGGAUUAAACAUGCCUUUACCAUACCUGGGCCCAAACUCAAACCCACGAGUAUAUACGUCAACGGCCGACACGACCGUCGAGCGAUCUGUGUCUUGUAUGGCGACGGUCUGCGUUAUGAGGUAUUGGAUUUAGACGCGGAGAUGGAAGAUGAAGAGGAGGAAGAUGAAGAAGAACCAGACGAGGACAGCGAAUAGGGGCCGGGGAUAAUAACAAUGCUUGGUCGCUAUCUGGUUGUUCCUGAUGGAAAGAAAGCAAGGCUAACAAGGUGAGGUUGACUCUCACCAGCAAAUUAGCGUGUUGAGGAGCAACUCUAGGUUCCACCCAUCGGCAGGGACAAAGCUGCUCCAGGUAGGGAUGUGCCUCUGUACUGCGUUUGUUUAUUGAUAUAUUGGCUGUGACUGGCUGUCGGACUUUUGUUCAAGGAUUACAUUGAACCCCUGGCAUCCGAGGUCUGAAUGAGCUCUUCACAGACCAUGGUUUUUUUCUUUCCUUUUCUUUUCUUUUUUUUUUCCGACUAUACUCAUGGUUGUUUCGAGAGAUAUAUUUGAUUUAUUUAUUUGAUUUUUGGUUCCUGCGGGUAUGGAUAAUAAUAGAUUUGUGCGAUGGGGUUGACACCCUGAUUAUUAUCAAAGAAGGGCGUGGUCGCCGGGGCCACACAAGUGGGUAGGGUGGAAGUGCUUCAAGAAGCAAAAUCAAAACAAGCAAAAAACCCAUGGAGGGGGAAAA